AUGCUAGUUGUUAAACUUUCUCAGAAUUCAGUAUAUUCUGGUUUCAAACCAUCUCUGAGCACAGCACCUAAAGUCUUGAUUUUACAAUCGCAUUUGCAUUCCAGUUCAGCUGUAAGCAGUCGGGCUAUUGCCGCAAAUUCCAAGCCAGAAUCCAGUGAUCAUGUUUCCAAGGCACUCUCUCAGGCUUCUAUAGACCCAAUUUCAAAGCAGUCGUCUUCGAAUGUGCGAGCAUCGAUAGAAACAGGCCUAAUUAGUCCAGUACUGGAAUAUGGUACAUCAACUGUCCAACUGCUCUCCAAUCUUGGAUACUGCCUUUCUCUGUACAUGAGUGUAAAGGAAAAAGGACAGGUUUCAAAACGAGUGGACAUUCGUCAUUUUGUUAGAACAAAACAAGAUUUUGCAACUCUCGUUCCUGGAAUCAUCUGCCUUGUGGCUUCAAAACUCACAUCACUCCAAUCUGUCAUGACAUAUGCGCCUUCAUUGAUUCCUACAGUUUUUUACAAUGUGGAAAUUUGGGAUGCAAAGGUAAAAAGUGCUGAAGCUUUAAGGACCAAACAAUCUCGCAUUGUGCUUGAUCAAGUUAUCGCAUCUUUAAAUGCCAUUCCUGCUACCAGAUUAAAGAGCUCGCGCAUUAUGAGUGCUGAGCGUAAACGUACUAUGUUGGUUGAAAAGCUGUCGGCUCCUGAAAAAAUCAAAGAGUCUGACUUGCUAGACUUGUAUCCUUUUAUUCAUGCCCAUUUUAAUAUUGCAACAGCUCCAUCAUCACUCAUUUCCUCAUUUGGAAAACUACUUCAUUUUACAGCCCCUGCACUUUUACCACGAUCAAGACUACUUCGAUGGGGUGACUGGAUGCUAAAGGACGAUCUUCUUAUCAAAAAAGAUGGUGUUGCAUCUCUAUCGUAUAUUGAGGUGUUGGAAGCCAUUUAUGAGCGUGGACUUGCCUUUGACCAGGUUGAUUCGAAGCCAGCCAUGGCAAAGGCUCUUGUUCAACACGCUGCGUUUUCUGCUCAGUUGAUGGAAAGUGCUACUUCUCAUAAAAUACGUAUGAGUUCUCGCAAAGUAUCCAAGAAUGCCAAGUCAGAUGUGACGUUUGCUAUCAUGGACAAAGCAGUGUUUGAUGCACAAGACAUGGCUGCAAUCACCAUGAUUCUUGCCAUAUCACGAGCAAUAGUUUGA